UGGAGGGGGGGCUGGUCCUCUCGCUGAGCUCCUGGUUGCAGCUCUCAGCAGCUUCCUGCCCGCUGCUGCUCCUGACAAACGGCUCAUAACUGAUCAUGUGCCUCGCUCUCUGGCUGUCUCUGGCUCUGCAGCAGGAAGUUAGCCUUGUUUUCUUCCCCCUGCUUUUCUUUUCUCCCACUGUUCCUGACAGCAUUAUUUUCUCCCUCUUUUUGCCGCGGCUCUCACCUCUCCUCUGCCGGGCGUGAGAGCCGAGAGAGACCGGCGGCGGACACCGGCAGAGGCCCCUCCGCUCCGCUCUCUUCUCCCACCGGCCUGGGGGAGCAGGUCAUGGAGGCCCCGGAGAAGGAGCCGCCGCUGAUGGACAAGUCCCUGCCUCUGCCUACCUUGAGUCCGGCCGUGCCUCCCUACGUCACUCUGGGCCUGACGGUGGUCUACACCGUCUUCUACUCUCUCCUCUUCAUCUUCAUCUACGUCCAGCUCUGGCUGGUCCUGCGGUACCGACACAAGCGCUUCAGCUACCAGACCGUGUUCCUGUCCCUGUGCCUGCUGUGGUCGGCCCUGCGCACCGUGCUCUUCUCUUUUUACUUCAAGAACUUUGUCACAGCCAACACUUUGGGGCCCUUUCCCUUCUGGCUGCUCUACUGCUUUCCUGUCUGCCUCCAGUUCUUCACACUCAGCCUCAUGAACCUUUACUUCGCGCAGGACUGUCCAGUGAAUAUUACCUGUUGCUGUCAGUGUAAUACACUUUCAUUCAGAUCAGCUCCAAAGUGCAAUGCAGUAGUUUUUAAGGCAAAAUCUAAGUAUGCACCAGAGCUUUUGAGAUACAGGCUGCCGCUGUACCUGCUCUUUCUGUUUAUCAGCUUGGUGUUUUUAGUUGUGAAUUUAGUUUGUGCCCUACUGGUGAAGAUGUCCACUGCAGAAGCCCACACCAUUGUGCUAGUGAGGGUCGCAAUCAACGACACACUUUUUGUCCUGUGUGCAAUCUCGCUCUCCCUGUGUCUUUACAAGAUCGCUAAGAUGUCACUGGCCAACAUUUACCUGGAAUCCAAGGGGACGUCAGUGUGCCAGGUGACAGUUAUAGGAGCCAUCGUCAUCCUCCUGUACUCAUCCAGGGCCUGUUACAAUCUGGUCGUCCUGGGACUCGCAAACAAGAGUAUUAACUCCUUUGACUACGACUGGUACAACGUUUCAGACCAGGCAGAUUUACAGUCGACUCUGGGCGACGCUGGCUACAUCGUCUUUGGAGUGAUCUUGUUUGUAUGGGAGCUGCUCCCCACUUCUCUCGUAGUUUUCUUCUUCAGAGUUCGGCAGCCUAACCAAGACAGGAGUGGCAGUGGGCUUCCUGGUCAUGUCUUCUCUUCUAGGUCUUAUUUCUUCGACAACCCACGGCGUUAUGACAGCGACGAUGAUCUGGCGUGGAACGUCAUGCCUCAGAACAUCCAAGCCAGUCUGGCUGCUGACAGCUACGAGUGGGGGAGCCAAAGCAGUGGCAUCGGUGCCUACAUCGGAGGGGACGACAGCUGCCAUCUCCCUCCUCCUCCAGAGGAGCUCAGCCAUUACUGACUGGAGUUCACAGUGACUCCUGCUUACCUGUGGCAUUGUUUUUUAUUGUAUAUUUUUGCACAGUCUCUCUUAAUGAUGGAGGCACAUGUGGCUGAACGUCGUCACUCUACUCGAUACAUUCAGUUCUAUUUAGUCUAGAGAAGAAAACUAACAGACUUUUCCCUCUGCCAGUAUAUGAAGGUCCACUGAUUGGACAUUCAUUUUGCACACUCCUUGUACAAAGUAUGAUCUAAUUUUUGACUGCUCUUAAACAUUUUCAUUGUAUAGUUUAUACUGAAUACUGCUUAAUAUAUUUCCUGACUUUUGUAAUAUGUACUGUAUUACUAUUUUAUAUACUAUGUUCUUUUUCAUACAGAUUUGUUUAUAUAGAGGAGAUAUUCAUUUAAUUCAUAUUAAAAAAGUUUAAAUGCUGUGAAAAAAUGCAGUUCAUUUUUAAUGUCACACCAAUACUUGACUGAUAAACUGACAGCAGGUCGCUUAUGUUUCAGAAACAUUUCUAUGUGGAACUCUAAAAGGUUCAUUGACAGAUUUUCACAAUUUUUAAAAAUUAUUUUAUUUAGUAAUCAAGCAUAGAUCUCAACAGCAUGCGCCCUGAAGUGUUCUAGUACAUUAACAGACUAUGAGGAUGGCUUUUUAAUCUAACAGUGUAGUGUAGCAGGUAUGCUGGCAUAAGUGGCUUCUCAGCACAGUACACUGCAACGCCCCCAACUGUUGGUUCUGUUUAUAAUGAAUUUUUUUGAACAGAUUUGACCAUCAAAAGUUUUUGUUCUAUUCAUAAAUGUAAAUCCAAUAAAACUGGCUCAUUCUGAGAACAGGAGAACAACACAGGGUUCCCACGGGUCCUUGAAAUCCUGGAAAAUUUGUGAAUUUGAGGGGGGGGGAAUAAAGGCCUUGAAAGUUUUUGAAAAUAGACAUAGUUCGACGUGGGUCAUUGAAAGUGCUUGAAUUUAGAAUAGAAAUUGUCAUUGUCAUUGUACAUCACUGUAACACAGCAGCACAAUUGAGAAGUGUUCACACAUUCCAGCCUCUCUCUUUUUAAAUUGUUGUCUGUGAGCUUCUGUAAAGCCUGAUAGUUCUCAUUAAAACAUCUCAGUGUUAUAACAGUAA